UCGGUUUUUACGAACCAAGACCUAACGGUUUAACGAAAAUCGAUCGGCUUUAUGAACUCUGUUGACACCAAGUCCUGAGACCAUUCCCUACCACUCUCUUUCCCUCCAUUUGCUCUCCUCCAAGAAGCUCUCCCGCCAUCUAAUCCUUCCUCCAUCCAUGGCGAGAUCUCAGAUACCUGAAGGUAAGCUAGCUAGCAAAAGGUAGGUGUAGCAUCGCACGCUGCCAAGAAACCGACCAUGGACACUCACCUCGUCGUCGUCCUGGCAUUGCUCGCCGCCGCCGCCGCGGCGGAGGCCAAGAUGUCGGCGGACUACUACAGCAAGACGUGCCCGCGCGCGGACCGGAUCAUCGCCGACGUGCUGGCGCAGAAGCAGAUCUCCAACCCUACGACGGCGGCGGGCGUCCUCCGCCUCUUCUUCCACGACUGCUUCGUCGGCGGCUGCGACGCGUCCGUGCUGGUCGCGUCCACCGCCGCGGCGCGCUCCGAGCGCGACGCCGACGUGAACCUGUCGCUCCCGGGUGACGCCUUCGACGCCCUGGCGCGCGCCAAGGCGGCGCUGGAGGUGGAGUGCCCGGGCGUCGUCUCCUGCGCCGACCUCCUCGCCGUCGCGGCGCGCGACCUCGUCACCAUGACGGGGGGGCCCUACUACCCGCUCCGCCUCGGCCGCAAGGACGGGCUCUCCUCCUCGCCGUCGGCGCCCGACGCCGAGAUCCCGCACGCCAACCUCACCGUCUCCCGCCUCGUCGCCGUGUUCGCCGCCAAGGGCUUCACCGUCCAGGACCUCGUCGCGCUCUCCGGCGCACACACCCUCGGCUUCUCCCAUUGCAAGGAGUUCGCCGCCCGCAUCUACGGCGGCGGCGGUGGCGGCGCCGACCCGACCAUGAACCCGGCGCUCGCGAAGCGGCUGCAGGAGGCGUGCAGGGACUACCGGAGGGGCCCGACCAUCGCGGCGUUCAACGACGUGAUGACGCCGGGGAGGUUCGACAACAUGUACUUCGUCAACCUCCGGCGAGGCCUCGGCCUCCUCGCCACCGACCAGGAGCUCUACGGCGACGCGCGGACGCGGCCGCACGUGGAGCGGUACGCCGCCAACGAGACGGCGUUCUUCGCCGACUUCGCGCGCGCCGCCCGGAGGCUCAGCCACCACGGCGUCAAGAACGGCGCCAACGGCGAGGUGCGCCGCCGGUGCGACGCCUACAACGGCGGCCCGCGCGGCUGAUCGCGGCGCGCACGGUGGCGGCGGCGGCGGCGGCGGUGCCUCGAAGCAUUGAUAGUCUAAUCUUAGAUUAGUGCAGGAAGAUAACACGGAGAAAUUCAAAUUAGUAGGUAUAAAAAGAAAAUAUCUUGCUGUUCAGAGAGGAAAAAAAAGGGGAAAUAAUCAACUUUCACAAGUGAAAUCAUUUCGUAGUCAUAUACUUUAGGCUGUGUUCUAACGAUUAUCAAGGCACGAACAAAUAAAUUAAAUACUA